AACCGGCCGAAAAAUUUUACCAGUUCUACAGCACCAGCAGCAGCAACAAUGGCGAAGGGAAGCUUCUCUCUUCCCAAUCUCACAAUCAAACUUUCUUCUAUCUCUAACCCUAAAUUCUUCUCAUCAAACAAUGUUCCAGAAUCCACCAAUCCACAUCAACAACUCAAAAACCUUCACACACUCCUACAACAAGGCCAAACCCAAUCAGCCAAGACUCUACUCAAAUCCCUAAUAACUUCCAAUUCCAACACAACCCCUUCUCAUAUCUACACUCACUACCCCAAAAAAUCCCAUUUUUUUUCAAGCUUCAUCUUAUCAGUUUCUGCCGAAUCAAAUCUCCCAAAAGAAAGUCUUCAUCUUUACAUGUUAAUCAGAAAAGACAACUUUUUUCCUUCUCUUGCUUCCUUUAACUUACUCCUGGAGUGUUUAGUUUCUUGUGGGCAGUAUGUUAGAGUGUUGGAGUUGUUCGAUCAUGCUGUUAGUGCGAACAUUAGGGUUGAUCAGUUUACUUUCGGGAAAGCUGUUCAAUCAGCUGUUAAGAUUGGGGAUGUGAGAAGGGGUAUAGAGUUGAUGGAUUACAUGAGGGGUUAUGGGGUUAGUGUUAGUAAGUUUGUGUAUAAUGUUUUGAUUAGUGGGUUGUGUAAAGAGAAGAGGGUGAUGGAUGCACGUAAGCUGUUCGAUGAAAUGCUUGAGACGCGUGUGGACCGUGUGGCGGCGGAUAAGGUUACGUUUAAUGCGAUGAUUGAUGGGUAUUGUAAAGUGGGUGAUGUGGAUGAGGCGUUUCGGGUACGGGAUAAGAUGAAAGGGAGUAAUGUGGAGGCGAAUCUUGUUACGUUUAAUACGUUAAUUAACGGGCUUUGUAGAGCGAAGAGGAUGGAUGAGGCGAAGAAAGUGUGGGAAGAUAUGAAAGCUCACGGUUUUGUUCCGGAUGGGUUUAGUUACAGUUCUAUGUUUGACGGGUUUUCGAGGUCUGGUGAUUUGAAUGGUCUAGUGUCGUUGUAUGAACAAGCGGAUAACGAUGGUAUUCGUAUUAACGCGUACACGUGCGGCAUUUUGUUAAACGGGUUAUGCAAAGGAGGGAGAACCAACAAGGCUGAGGAGAUUUUGGUAAAAUUACUCGAAACCGGGCUUGUUCCAACUGAGGUGAUAUUCAAUACGAUUGUCGAUGGUCACUGCAGGGAAGGUAAUAUAGAAACGGCCCUUUUAACGCUCGAAAGAAUGAAGUCGUACAGGUUAAAGCCAAGCUGCGUUACCGUCAAUUCAUUGAUCAACCAGUAUUGUCAGUCUGGUAAUCUUGUUGAGGCGGAAAAAUGGAUAAAAACGAUGCCAGAAAUGGGCGUUUCUCCCGAUGUGGUGACAUACAACAUACUGAUUGACGGCUUCGGGAGGAAUUUUCAAUUCGACAAGUGUUUUCAACUCGUUGAAGAAAUGGAGAGUAAUGGGUUGAUCCCGAAUGCCGUAAGUUACGGUUCUAUCGUGAACCAUUUAUGCAAGGACGGAAGGCUUGUCGAAGCUCAAGCGGUUUUCACCGAUAUGAUACGUAGAGGCGUGUUACUAAAUACGAGAAUAUAUAAUAUGCUGAUUAACGGUUACUGUAACAAGGGUAAUAUACAAGUUGCUUUCGAGCUUUUCGAUAAAAUGUCGCGCGAUAAUGUAGUUCCGACGUUGUAUACGUAUAAUACGCUGAUAAACGGGCUAUGCAAAACAGGUAAGGUUGAGGAAGCCGAAGAACUGGCUUCGAAUAUAGAAAAUAACAAUCUCAAACUUGACGUAAUAACGUAUAACUGCCUAAUCUCGGGCUAUUCGGUUAAGGGAAACAUCCGAAAGUGUUUAGAGUUAUACGAGAAGAUGAAAGUAUCGGGAAUAAAACCUACGGUUAACACAUAUCAUCCACUAAUUGCCGGAUGCAAAAAAGAGGAUAUAACACUUGUAACGAAACUCAUCGGUGACAUGUCGCAGAUGAACUUAAGUCUUGACCGUGUGCUAUAUAACGAACUGAUUCGUUUUUACGCGGAGGUUGGUUUUGUUGAGAAAGUGUUUGCGUUACACCGUGAGAUGAUUAAUAACGGAGUUGUUCCCGAUAGGAUGACAUACAAUAGUUUGAUCAUAGGUUAUUUGAAGGAGCGAAAGAUUUAUGGGUCGAAGGAUAUUAUCGAUCAAAUGAAGGCUGCAGGAUUAGAUCCGAAAGCGGAUACUUAUGACACGAUGAUUAAGGGUCUAUGUGACAUUGAGAUGUUUAGUGAAGGGUGUGUUUGGUACCGGGAAAUGGUUGCAAACGGGUAUUUUCCGAACGUAAGCGUUGCUUGUGAGCUUCGAAGUGGUCUCAAAGAGGAAGGGAAGUUAUGGGGUUGAGAUUUUCGACGGGGGGUCGAAAACGUAUAUACCCAAAAAUUUAUAUACGAAAACCACAUAUAUUACACUACUGAGCGAAAAGUUCGGGGGGUCAGGCGCUCCAGGGGGCCCCUUCUAACCUGCACCAAUGACAAAGGCCCAAGCUCACACUCCUAACUUUAAGCAAGUCAUGACCAAGCAAUGACUAUUAAAGGCUACUUGACACUUUGGGCACCUUACCUAGUUUAAAGUUGGCCUACAGAUAUCGUUCGUCUCGUGGAAUGUAAUGGAAUUGGAAUUUGUAUAUUGAAAUUUGAUUUGAAAA